AAAUGAAAGAAAUCCAUUGUCAGGAUACCCAAAUCCUUUAGAACAGUAUUUGAGUGUUGAAGAGGCAGUGAUACUCAUGUGUACCGGCAUUUAUUGUUUGGAUGAUAAAUGUGUUGUUUAAAUUGAAGUCACUAAUUCGUGCCUUCCUGCUAUUCCAAAGAACUAUUAAAUGUUUGGGCCAAUGGAAGGGAUUCUAGCUUAUAAAUGAAAAGAACCCAUUGGAAGGAUACCCAAAUCCUUUAGAACAGUAUCAUGCCAAUCAAUGGCAGUCAUAUUCAAGAUACCUGGUAUAUAUAUAAGGGUGCAAUCUGCUGUAUAUCCAUACAAGAACAAGAAGCAUAGAGCAGCUAGUAUAUGUUUGAAUUCCUGGCCCACCAUGUUCAAGUUACUUGCAGUUCUCCCGGUGCUAUUCUUGAGUUUUGCAAUGGCAUGGGCGCAGCCAAGCAAUGUGACUGGCCUGAGCUUCCAGCUUGUCGCCCUUAGUCGGGUACCUGAUGGGCACGCCGACAAUGUCUCUUCCUACACUGCCAAGGACCUGCGCCCGUUGGCCUUGACACCGUCUGACUAUGUGCAUGGCGUGUUCGUGUCGAUCGGUACUGGACAAGGUGGCAGGCGGAAGAUCCUUGCGCUCGACACCGCUGCCAGCACGUCAUGGGUGAUGUGUGAGCCGUGUCGUCCACCGCUGCAUCAACUCGGCAGACUCUUCUCGCCGGCCGAGUCUCCCACGUUCCGUGGUGUCCGCAGGGAUGACCCUGUCUGCGUCCCACCUUACCACCGCCUCCACUCCACCAACGGGUGCUCCUUCGCCUUCCCUUCUGCCAUUGGGUACCUUGCACGCGACACUUUCCACCUGCGUCAUAGCGAGCGAAGUGUUGUGAAGUCUAUUUCCGGUGUGGCGUUUGGUUGCGCGCACACCACCACUGGGUUCUACAACGAGGACAUCCUCGGCGGGGUGCUCUCCCUCAGCCCCUCGCCACUCUCAUUCCUGACACAAUUUGGUUCGCGUGCCGGCGGGAGGUUCUCUUAUUGCCUCCCCGAUCCCACCACCUCGCACAACCCCAGUGGCUUCAUCCAGUUUGGCAUAGAAGUCCCAAGCCUGCCGCGGCACGCCCACACGACCACCCUCACCGUGAGUGCCUCGGGCUACCACCUCAGCCUCAUUGGCAUCAGCCUAGGGAACAAGCGUCUCGACAUCGACAGACAUAUCCUCACCAGCCAUGGCUGCAGCAUCAACCCCGCCGAGACGAUCACCAAGAUCGCGGAGCCAGCAUACAUCAUCGUGGCGAGAGAGCUGAUGGCACAGAUGAAUGAGCUAGGAUCAAAGCAGGUGAAGGGGCCGCCCAGCAGCCCGCUUGUCUUCAACAAGAUUUCUAGGAGGGUGCGGGCGCGGCUCCCCAACAUGGUGUUCCACUUUGCAGAUGGUGGUGACAUGUGGUUCACGGCGGGGAAGCUGUUUCAGGUGAUUGGCACGACAGCACGGUUCUUGGUCGAGGGCCAUGGGUCCCACCGAACGGUGAUCGGCGCAGCGCAGCAGGUGAACGCACGGUUCAUCUUCAAUGUCGCUGCGGGGAGGCUGACCUUCGCGGAGGAGCUGUGCAGCAGGGAGGCAGCGUAGGUCUGUUCAUGUUGUAUUCUGGAAAAUAAUUGCCAAUUCACAUUCAUAAAGUUUGAGUCAAUGAAAACGGCACCUAUCGAAAAAUAAACAGAACUUCCAAAAUUGGAUGGGAAGGGAUGCAUCUUCCAAAAUGCUCCCCACACCCUGUCUGCAGUAAUUUUCAACCAUCUCGUGGAAAUACGUAUAAACAGCUGCCACACCAACUCUCCGUCAUGGAAUUAGACCAAGGGUCCCAGUUUAGUUGACCCCCUUUUCCAAGGUAGUUGAGGUGACAGGGCCAGCUUCUUGCAUCCUGGCAUACAAACAAAAAUGUGUGCACUUGACUUGAGACCUGGCUAAGUUGCAUUCAAUGAUGAAUGGUACCUGUUGCCUUUCAGCGUAUAGAUCUGAACCUGCAUAUUCUUUCCUCUUGCACUCCUCAAACUACAAGGCAUUAACCUCCAUGAAAAUCUUUUUUCAUCUCUUCCACUGGAGAUCUGUAUGUCGUACAACACUCCCUCUGUGAAAAGCAUAUAUUUUUAUGAUGCAUGCAUGCUUGUUUAUGAUAAGCUAUAUGCCGAAUUUCUCCUGUUGCUUCCACACAAAUGAAAUAUGAUCCUGUUGCUUGCAUACAAAUGAAAUAUGGCCCUGUUGCUUGCAUAUAUAUGAUCUCUUUUGACAACAUGAUCUGCUACAUGUGAACUUUGUAACUCCACCACCACCACGUAGUGCAGAUUUUGAAACAGCACACCAUUGACCUGAUACCACUGCUGACUAUAUGACAACUCGUAUGUGAGAUAUGCAAAGUAUAGAAUUUAAAGCCCCAAGUUGUCAGUUUUUUACGUAGUGUUAUUUCAUUUUUACAUGCAAAUGAAUUGAUCAUUGCUUGUUUCACUGGCACAUAUCUGAGUUGACCUAUGGAUAUCGCAACUAGCACAGCCAAUAUAUUUAUUGAUGAUGCCUUUUGUUGUUGAAUUUCUCAUGUUCCUGGUCUGCUUACGUGUGUUAGAAUCCUUUCCUUCACUGUCUCACACUUGGAUAGCCGUUCCUGUCAUAAUUGAUAGGGCUUGUGUGCUAAGCAAUACAUGGCAGUUAGGUGCUUCACCUCUUAGUUAUAGUGGAUGCUCUGUUUUCUGUGAGGCUGAGAUGUGCACAUGAAACUACACAUAGACCACCCUAUACUCUCUACUGCUGGACAAUCGUUCCUUAUACGGCCAUUUCGCCUGUUGAUGAUAUUCUCCUUCCAAAUGCUGUUUUUUCUUUUGCGAGGGCCUUCGGAAUGCUCUGUUGUCUACUAGCAGAGAUGAAGACUUUAUAAGACCGACAUGAGGGCUAUCAUAUUGCUAUUCAGUAUGGAUUUACAACCUGUAGGUACUGGCUUUGAAUGCGUGUAAUUACAGUUUUACAUGACUGGGGGAAUGUUAUUGCAGUUCUGUAAUGUGGUUAGAAAGAUCAUGCAUCAGUAUUAAGCAAGUGUGAAGGAGAACGUGUGAAGGAAUGUUUACACAAAUCACAAGUUCAAGUAUCAUAAAUCUAUUAAGCAACAUGUUUAUCUCCAGAACAUGUGAAGGAGAUCACAAUUUUACAACUGAAAUGCAUGAUGUGUGACUAGCAA